AGUGCUCGGUUCUGCGGACGGAAGACUGCCGCUCGAAUCAAAUCAAAAUAAGACUCGCGAGCACCAAUUGCACCGUUGAAACGGCAAUUAAUCAAUGAAGAAAACGUAAUAAUUUGUAUAGAAACACCUCUCUUUUGUGCGCAAAUCAAAAGCAGUGACAAUCAAUCGUAGGCAUUUCGUGAAUAAAAGAAGUUUCUUCAGACUGCCACCGAGUGGCGUCCUCGAAAAAGCGACAGAAAAUACAGAAAACGAGUUAUGAAAAUACAAAUUGUGGCCGUGCCAUGUGAGAAUGUGUGUUGAAAAUUGUUAUAAAGAAACAAGAUUUACUGUUCGUUGUUAUUGUUGCUAUUCCGAUCUGUGAUCGCUGAUCGACAAGCGUUAAGCGUCAACUGAAAUUGGAUUUUCGGGGCUCACCUUUAAAUAUAUCUGUAGGAAAACACACAUCCCACACCGUAACACCUGAAAGAUAGCGACAACAUUUGGCGCUACAUGAAAUAUUAAUUAAAAAAUCUGUCUGAAAAUAAAGUAGAAAUUACUUGCAGCGGCAAAAAGUUUCUACGAGAACCAACGCACGUACUAUUUAUAAGUACAUCUGUGUAUCCGUUAGAUACUUGCUGUUGUAUCCGUGUGUGCCUGCAUCUCCAGGUGUUCGUGCAACAGUGUGAGUGUUUGAUGUAAGCAGACGUGAAAUUGGAUUAACUUUGACAGACGCACGGCGGUUUUUAAUUACCACCAAAGAGUUUUCGGGAUUAACAGCGGAAAGUUGGACCAGCUCCCCAGCUGGGCGGAAUCGAAUGAACCAGAAAAUCAACCAGAAAGCAGCUAAACCAACGGAAUGGAAAAAAUGUUAGACCACGCCGUUCGUCGAGCGUUGACGAUUUGACGCUGCGCUGUGUCUGGAAGGAAACGCUACCCGCUUUUCCGGCUCUCGAGGUGCCUCCACGAGGAGUGAGGUGCAACCGCAGAGAAGGUCAGCAAAGAAAGAGCCCAAGGGGUUCCAAGUCACACAACCGAACUAAGCUAAGACGCACAAAAUGAGACACAACCGACUGAAGGUCCUGAUCCUGGGACUCACCCUCCUGCUGACAUCCUGUCGAGCGGACGGACCGCAGCACAGUGCGGAUCACGGCAUGGGCGGAAUGGGCAUGGGCAUGGGUGGCCACGGCCUGGACGCAAGUCCUGCCCCCGGAUACGGCGUGCCAGCCAUACCCAAGGAUCCCAAUCUGCGAUGCGAAGAGAUCACUAUACCAAUGUGUCGGGGCAUUGGCUACAACAUGACAUCCUUCCCCAACGAAAUGAACCACGAGACCCAAGACGAAGCGGGCCUGGAGGUGCACCAGUUCUGGCCCCUGGUGGAGAUCAAGUGCUCCCCGGACCUCAAGUUCUUCCUGUGCAGCAUGUACACGCCCAUCUGCCUGGAGGAUUACCACAAGCCGCUGCCCGUGUGCCGCAGUGUCUGCGAGAGAGCCCGCUCGGGAUGCGCACCCAUCAUGCAGCAGUACAGCUUCGAGUGGCCGGAGAGGAUGGCGUGCGAGCACCUGCCCCUUCAUGGUGACCCCGACAAUCUGUGCAUGGAACAGCCCUCGUACACGGAGGCGGGCAGCGGUGGCAGCUCGGGCGGAUCGGGUGGCUCUGGCAGCGGUUCCGGCUCCGGCGGCAAGCGGAAGCAAGGAGGCAGUGGCUCGGGUGGCAGUGGAGCCGGCGGCAGCAGCGGUUCCACGUCAACGAAGCCGUGCCGCGGACGCAAUUCAAAAAACUGCCAAAAUCCCCAAGGAGAAAAGGCAAGCGGAAAAGAGUGCAGCUGCUCGUGCCGCUCCCCACUCAUCUUCCUGGGGAAGGAGCAGCUGCUGCAGCAGCAGUCGCAGAUGCCCAUGAUGCACCAUCCACACCACUGGUACAUGAACCUCACUGUCCAAAGGAUCGCCGGCGUGCCAAACUGCGGCAUUCCGUGCAAGGGGCCCUUCUUCAGCAACGACGAAAAGGACUUCGCCGGCCUCUGGAUCGCCCUUUGGUCGGGACUAUGCUUCUGCAGCACGCUCAUGACCUUAACCACAUUCAUCAUCGACACCGAAAGGUUUAAGUACCCGGAGCGGCCCAUUGUCUUCCUCUCCGCCUGCUACUUCAUGGUGGCCGUGGGCUACCUGUCGCGCAACUUCCUUCAGAACGAGGAGAUCGCCUGCGACGGCCUGCUGCUCCGGGAGAGCUCCACGGGUCCGCACUCUUGUACCCUGGUCUUCUUGCUCACCUACUUCUUUGGCAUGGCCUCCUCCAUCUGGUGGGUGAUCCUCAGCUUCACCUGGUUCCUGGCCGCUGGUCUGAAGUGGGGCAACGAGGCCAUCACCAAGCACUCGCAGUACUUCCACCUGGCCGCCUGGCUAAUUCCCACUGUCCAGUCCGUGGCCGUCCUCCUGCUCUCGGCGGUGGAUGGCGAUCCCAUUCUGGGCAUCUGCUAUGUGGGCAACCUCAACCCGGAUCACCUGAAGACCUUCGUGCUGGCCCCGCUCUUCGUUUACCUGGUAAUUGGCACCACCUUCCUGAUGGCCGGAUUCGUGUCCCUCUUCCGCAUCCGCUCGGUUAUCAAGCAACAGGGCGGUGUUGGAGCUGGCGUCAAGGCGGACAAGCUGGAGAAACUGAUGAUCAGGAUUGGCAUCUUCUCGGUGCUCUACACGGUGCCGGCCACCAUUGUUAUUGGAUGCUACCUGUACGAGGCAGCCUACUUCGAGGACUGGAUCAAGGCCCUGGCCUGUCCCUGUGCCCAGGUGAAGGGUCCCGGCAAGAAGCCCCUCUACUCGGUCCUGAUGCUCAAGUACUUCAUGGCCCUGGCCGUGGGCAUCACCUCGGGCGUGUGGAUCUGGUCCGGUAAGACGCUGGAGAGCUGGCGUCGCUUUUGGCGGAGACUCUUAGGAGCGCCGGACCGCACGGGCGCCAACCAGGCGCUGAUCAAGCAGCGGCCCCCGAUUCCACAUCCCUAUGCCGGAUCUGGAAUGGGCAUGCCCGUGGGCUCGGCGGCGGGCUCCCUGCUGGCCACGCCCUACACCCAGGCGGGCGGAGCCUCGGUGGCCUCCACCAGCCACCACCACCUGCACCACCACGUUCUCAAGCAGCCGGCGGCCAGCCACGUAUGA